AAAAUAAUUAUGAAAAAAUACCGCCCGGCAAUAAUCUCAAUCAUUCUAAUUAUUAAGUGUGCUCCCACUGGAGGAAUUUCCCAGUCUCUUCCACCACCUUCAUCCCAUUCUUAGGAUACAACCCAAAGUUACAACAUGCCUCGUAUCAGAAACUGGCAUAAGGCUGAGAACCCCCCCAAGGUUAACCCCCAUGGGAGGGUUGCCCAUGAACGAGGCCAAGGCUUCGUGUCCACGGACGGAAUGUUCUUAUGCUACUGUGGCAGCAUAAAUAAAAAUACUGCUAAGAGUAUUUCGAGCCACCUUACGAAGGCCCACAAGGACGACUCUGCCUACCAGAGGGGCCAGUUCUCAGAGGACGGCACCUCCUGGGAGUGCCCGAUCUGCCACGGAGCCCAAGGAAAGAAUGCCAAAAAUCUACACGCCCUGGUCGCCCAUGCUAGACGUGUACAUGGUCUCCGCGGGUCGUCCGACGAUCUUUGUAAAGAAGGCGACCCCUUCCGACCCAACCUGAAGUCCAAAUUCCUCGAUUUCAAAUCGGAGAAAGAAUUUGAGAUCGCUGCAAUCCGACUCCGCAUGCGCCAAGCUGUUUCCCGACACUAGUCAGUUCCUCGUCGGUUCGUCAUCACCUAAUAUUUUCCCUUUCUGUAUAAACCCUACGGACUUAACAUAGGUCGAGUCGACGACAAUACAAGCAUACCUCUGCUCUGUUCCGGGAGGUUAAGGAUUCUGCGGUGGACGAAGAAAACUUGCGAAUAUCGUUGGGUUGUUUCGUUGUUUCGUUGGGGACUGGAUGGGUAGAUACGGCCGAGUAGGCUGUCAAUAAUAAUCCAUCAACCAGA